UACCCGCCCCCGCGCAAUCCCGUGCCGGCAAGGCGCCAAUCUAGUGGCCGCAGCCGCCCACGAACCGCCGGCGACGAGAUUCGGGUGGGAGGCCUGCGAGGAAGGCCGUCGAUGGCGUCGUGGUGUGGCGACCUGGCUGCCCCGCCCCGCCUCCUCGUCGCCCCUCGUCCUUCUGAUGCCAAUUGUCAAGGGAAUGUUUUGUCUCUUCGCCAUCCGAAAUCAGAUGAAGAAACAGGGUACCUGUUCAUCGAUGGCCAACUUCAUGAAUUCAACUGGUUUAAGGAUCGUUUUGGCUCUUGGUUCUUGGGAGAUUAUGUAUGUGAAGAUGGCAGCCUCUACUACUGCACACUUGUUGAUCCCAUUUUUGUUCUUCUACCAAUUUUGAAAGCUGCACGUAUGUCGAAUGGUAAUGAUCCUGGAAAAUUCAGGCAACUGGAUGAAAUAUUGUACGUUGAAGGAUAUCCUGGAUAUCAACACCUCAUGGGUAUUGCAGGAAACCAUAUUGAACUGGUCUGUGAAGUUAAAGAAGUUGCUAAUGUGAAGUUCUUUAGGCUGGACGAUUCCAAGGUCUUAUCUUGGUUGUGCUGUAAGGUUCACAAUCUAAAAGAGGUUUUCCCCAAGCUGGGCAAAAAUUAUGCUGCCCAAGGAGAAAAAGAAUUAUUGAAGGAUGCUGUUCAAAUAAUUCGUGAAUACCUGAACGACGAACCAUGGUUAACACUACUUUGCAAGAAGUUGCAGUUGGAUACCAAGGAGAUCAUUGAAGCAAACAAAACUAGCGAAGCUUCAUUCUGUGCAGAGAAUUCCCCUGUACCUUUCCGGCCUUCUGAGGAGAAACUUGGAAACAGUAACAGCAGGUCAAGCAAAGGGAGGCCAGCAAAGAAGCAAAAGACUGAAGUAGAAUCGAAGAACAUCAAAGACAUGUUCCGAAGGGCCACAAGGAAAGGAGCAUGAUCCCGUAUGAGUAUAUGACUUCUGAUUUUGCCAUCAAGACAUUGCAAAGGCGUUUCAUAUUCUUUGGGAAAGCUGAGGCUGUCAGGUUAAAGCAUUAGAAGCAUUCGUGCAGCUAAUGAAAUUGUAACUGUUUAAUCCAACUCUUUAACUUUGGUUAGGUUUGCAAUUUAACAUUGCAGGCAUAUAUCUAAUUGUUUGAGCAAGGAGCCUUGCACUAUCUAACUGAAAUGUGUUUGUACCUUAUCAAUUAAUUUCGGUCAAUCGAGUAACCUGAAAUGGUCGUUAACAUUAUUAU